GUCGAGUUACUAUCCACAGCACAGGGAUUCCGGGAUAUCAAAAGUGGAACACAUCCCUCCGUCGUCCGCAGUCGUCGGCCGGGCGAAGGCACCGCUGCGAAUGGAUUG